AAAGGGGGGACGAUUCGUAAACUGUAAACCUGCAACAUCUACCUACCUAGGUACCUAAGGUAACCAAAUUAUUAUUUGACUCUUCUCUCUCGUUCUAUCACAACUAUAAUCCUUUUUUUUUCUCCUUCUCUCGUGACUUCUGUACCAACGUCCAAAAGAAAAAGAAAAAGGAAAACAAAAAGUUUAGGUGUCCUUUAAUCCACCUAAUUCUUUUAUAGUACUAAUUUAAUUGUUCCACUACACCUCACUUUAUUCAAUUCGCGACAGUCUUGUCUUGUCUUGGCUUGAACAUCUGCCACACCGACUUCUUUACGAAUUUCCCUCCCACGAUAAAACUUUCGCCGUCCUUCGUUUAUUCGACAGCUAUAGCAUUCAAUAAAAGAACGUGAUACUGUUAAUUCCGUUCUCUUUGCGACAAUCAUACAUAUUUUAAUACAAAUCACCACCUACAGUCAAUAUGAAGGCUCUUAUUCUUGUCGGCGGCUUCGGUACGCGUCUACGGCCCUUGACCCUUACUAUGCCAAAGCCCUUAGUCGAAUUCGCGAACAAGCCCAUGAUUCUACACCAGAUUGAGGCAUUGGCUGCUGUCGGCGUCACUGAUGUUGUACUCGCUGUCAACUAUCGCCCUGAGGUUAUGGAGCGGGUUUUAAAGGAGUACGAAGCCACCCUAGGUGUCAAGAUCCAUUUCUCCCUUGAGAGCGAACCCCUCGGUACUGCCGGCCCCCUAAAGCUCGCGGAAGAGAUUCUCGCUAAGGACGACUCUCCCUUCUUCGUCUUAAACUCCGACAUCACCUGCGAUUUCCCUUUCAAGCAACUCGCCGAUUUCCACAAGUCCCACGGCGAUGAGGGUACCAUUGUUGUCACCAAGGUAGAAGAGCCUUCCAAAUAUGGUGUCAUUGUUCACAAGCCGAACCACCCCUCACGCAUUGACCGCUUCGUCGAGAAGCCUGUCGAAUUCGUUGGUAACCGUAUCAACGCCGGUAUGUACAUGCUGAACACCUCGGUGCUCCAGCGUAUCGAGAAGAACCGACCUACAUCUAUCGAACAAGAGACUUUCCCUGCUAUCGUACGUGAUGGUCAAUUGCACUCCUUUGACCUAGAGGGCUUCUGGAUGGACGUCGGUCAGCCUAAGGACUUCCUGACAGGAUCCUGUUUGUACCUCUCGGCACUUGCCAAGAAGCAACCUCACCUACUUGUCUCUCCCUCCGAGGGCUUUGUCCACGGUGGCAACGUCAUGAUCGACGAGUCCGCGAAGAUUGGCAAGAACUGCCGAAUUGGACCUAACGUGGUUAUUGGCAAGGGUGUUGUCAUCGGAGACGGUGUACGUCUACAACGAUGCACACUCCUUCCCGGAUCCAAGGUCAAGGAUCAUGCGUGGAUUAAGAGCACCAUUGUUGGCUGGAACAGCACCGUCGGUAAGUGGGCUCGUCUCGAGAACGUAACGGUUCUCGGCGACGACGUUACCAUUGGUGAUGAGAUCUACGUCAACGGUGGUAGCGUCCUUCCUCACAAGAGCAUCAAGGCGAACGUUGAUGUGCCCGCUAUUAUCAUGUAAUUGAUUUAAGGCACGGUCUGCGCUCUUCAUUACUCCUUUUCGACUUGCGACACUUCUUGUGUAUAUCUGGUACUCCUUUUAUUCGCCCUUAAGAUUUCAUAAUAUGCCGGCGGCUUCGUCUUCCACUUAGUGGUAAACUCUUAGCAUUUUUGUUCGAUUCUGUUUUUCAGAUAGGGUGGCGUUCGGGUCAGCAUUUCAUGAUAGGCGAUGACUAUCAUUCUAU